GGUUAUUUGUUGAAGUCCAUUGAUAAUGACCGGGGUUGUUAUAGCGAGUAAACAGUGAUCCCAUUGAAGAGUGGGCAGGAAAUGGUACCGGCGAAGAUACAGAGAGAUGUUGCAGUCUGCUGUUAGGACAACGAUGUUCAGGAACAGACAGAAAUCAACCGGCCACCAAUCACAGUUCCAUUAGACAUUCUUAGCAAUUAUCUGGAGAGAUCAGAACAAGUAUAACAAGCAAUGGACUCGAUCUCCAUUGUGAGGAAUAUCAAGAAGCCAGUGAGACCUUCUUGCCAAAUGGCAUGAACAGCUUUAAGGAAUCGUCCAAGUCUACGAUAGGGAUUUUAGGAAGUGGAGAUUUUGCCAAAUCAUUGGCAAUUAGAUUUAUACGGUCUGGAUACUCUGUUGUCAUAGGAAAGAAUCCCAAACGAGCUGUUGGGUACUUCCCUCCUCUUGCUGAAAUCAUGCACCAGGAGGAUGCUGUUAUAAAAACUAAUCUCAUAUUUGUUGCCAUACAUCGAGAGCACUAUUCUUCCUUGUGGGACCUCAAGCACUUGCUGGUGGGCAAAAUCCUUGUGGAUGUGAGUAACAAUGUACGAAUAAACCAGUACCCAGAAGCCAAUGCAGAAUAUCUUGCUUCACUGUUCCCAGAUUCCACGGUGGUAAAAGGCUUUAAUGUAAUAUCUGCUUGGGCACUUCAGUUUGGUCCACAAAAUGCUAACCGACAGAUAUACAUUUGCAGCAAUGUGGUGGAAGCCCGACAACUGAUUAUUGAACUCACGGCAGCUGGGUUUAUUCCUGUUGACAUGGGAACAUUGUCUUCGGCAAAGGAAAUAGAAAAUAUGCCCCUACAUCUCUUUACCCACUGGAGAGGCCCUGUGCUUGUAGCGAUUGGCCUAGCCAUAUUCUUCUACAUAUACUCAUUCAUCCGUGACAUUGUACACCCCUAUAUGAAGAACAAACAAAGUUACUUCUAUAAAAUUCCAAUUGAAAUAGUGAACAAGACUUUGCCUGUUGUUGCUAUUACUCUACUCUCGCUUGUGUACCUGGCAGGAUUGCUAGCAGCUGCCUUCCAAUUGAAUUCUGGAACUAAAUAUCGCCGGUUUCCUGUCUGGCUGGAACAUUGGCUGCAGUGUCGGAAGCAGCUUGGGCUCUUGAGUUUCUUUUUUGCCUCUGUUCAUGCAGUCUACAGUCUUUGCCUUCCAAUGCGACGUUCAGAACGUUAUUUCUACCUCAACAUGGCUUAUCAGCAGGUACAUGUCAAUAAUGAAAAUUCCUGGAACGAAGAGGAGGUGUGGAGAAUGGAAAUGUAUAUAUCUUUUGGAAUAAUGAGUCUGGGCUUAUUGUCACUGCUCGCAGUUACAUCAAUACCUUCAGUCAGUAAUUCAAUGAACUGGAGGGAAUUCAGCUUUAUUCACUCUACACUUGGUUUUGUGGCCCUCUUGAUCAGCACUUUUCAUGUCCUGAUUUAUGGAUGGAAACGAGCCUUUGAGGAGCAGUACUACAGGUUUUACACACCACCAAACUUUGUACUAGCUCUAAUUCUACCUUUCAUAGUUAUCCUUGGGAAAGUUACUUUGCUGCUUCCGUGCAUUAAGAGGAGAUUGAGAAAAAUACGCAAGGGUUGGGAAAAGAGUCAAUUCACAGAUGACGCUUCAACAAUAGUUCUUCAAGCAUCUCCAGAAAGUGUUACUGUUAUGUGAGAUUUUGCCAAAAACUGACUUCCAUUUAAAGCAUUCAACAAGGAUGGUUGUGUUAAUUUUGUUUAAUUAGGUUAACCAUGUUAGAAGUUCCAAUUCCUUGUAUUCUUUGUGUUGUUUAAUGAUUAGAGUAUAUAUUGCAUAUAAUGGUGAACAGUGUGUGACUGUUUUAUUUAAGGUGAACACACCUCGUAAGUAAAUUCUACUGUCUAUUCUGUUUCUGCUAUAUUUUAAAGUUAAUUUAAACUAUAUGUAAUGAUUAAAAAGGGUAAAUAUUUUACCAAUUUAUUGUUUAGAUUCUGUAAGAAGUAUCUUUUAAAAGUUCUUCCCUACUGUAAUGCAAAGGAUGAUGAACCUCUUCUCUAUCUAAUGUUGCCAAGAACACUGCUUUGGAAUCUAGACUACAGACACCCAAAUAUCCCAACAUGUAUGUAGAGUAACACACUUGUAAUAACUUUUAGCAAUACCUUUUAAAAUGGUUGAAGAAAAUGGACCCUGCUCUCUAAAGACUCAUUAUUGCACUCUGCUGUACACAUUAAGGAAGACCUAGCUUUGAGCCCUGAUCUGUGUUGAUAUUUGCUGCUUUUGAAAUUCUGGUAAAUUAGGAUGACAAUUUCACUAAAUAUCACCAUGCUUAAAUUUGAAAUACUAUAAAACCUGUGGUAAUAGUCACAGUUAAUAAAUUUUCACAAUACCUCCGUGCAAUCAAUAUAACAAUUAAAUACAUUGCUUAUUCUUUCCUUUUUUUUAUUUAGGAUCUUUUGUUGCUUUCAGUGGAAUAAGAGUGCAUACCACUGAAAAUAAGAUCCACUUAUGGAAAUAAUUAUUUUACAGUUGAUGUAAAUAUCUAGCCUAAAUUUUCAAAGGAGUUGUUGUUUACCAUAGAACACCACUACACUGUUGAAACUAGCUUAUCCCAGUCUUUGGUAUGGUUAUAUUUUGCAUGUUGUUAACUUAUUAUAUAGUUGUUUCUGUUCAAGUGUAACAAGCUGCAGGUUCAAUCUUAUUAUUUUUCAUUGACUAACAAUAUUGUUGUAAUUUACAUUUGUCCUUGAAUAGGCUAACCACUUAUUACUGCAAUAAA